CUGCUGUGUCACCUCUGUGUGUCACCUCCAUGUGUCACCUCUGUGUCACCUCCGUGUGUCACCUCUGCGUCACUUCACCUCACUCCUCUGUCACCUCUGUCACCUGCUGUCACCUCACCCCACCCCCGGUGUCACCGCGUGUCACCUCACCUCAUCCUCAGUGUCACCCCGUGUCACCUCACCUCAGCCUUGGUGUCACCUGUUGUCACCUCACUCUCACUUCACGCCCACUGUCACGCUGUGUCACAUCACAUCACCCCCUGCUGUCACCCACUGUCACCUCACCUCAUCUCCAUUGUCACCUCUGUCACCCCGUGUCACCCCGUGUCACAUCGUGUCACCCCCUGGUGUCACCCCGUGUCACCUCACUGCACCCCUGGUGUCACCCUGUGCCAUGUCACAUCACCCCCCCGCUGUCACCUGGUGUCACCUCACCUCACCCUCUGUCACCUCAUCCCUGUUGUCACCCUGUGUCACCUUAUGUCACCCCCCGGUGUCACCCUGCACUGUAUCACAUCACCCUCAGGUGUCACCUGGUGUCACCCAAUGUCACCUCACCCCUUGGUGUCAUCCGGCGCUACGUCACGUUGUGUCACCCCCCUGUGUCACCUCGUGUCACCUCGUGGUGUCACCCUGUGGCGUCACCCAGAAUCAUCGCAUGGUGUCACCUGCUGUCCCCAUGUGGUGUCACCUGGCAUCCCCCCAUGAUGUCACCGUCACCCCAUGGUGUCACCCAACGUCACCCCACAUCCCCACAUGGUGUCACCCAGUCACCCCAUGCUGUCACCCGACAUCCUCCCAUGGUGUCACCCAGUGUCACCCCAUGGUGUCACCCCACAUCCCUGCACGUUGUCACCCAAUGUCACCCCACGGUGUCACCCCACAUCCCCGCAUGUUGUCACCCAACGUCACCCCACGCUGUCACCCCCCAACCCCCAUGUCCCACGUUGCCUCCACUCCCGCAGCUGCAGCAGCAGAACCACCGCCACGUUGUGGCCGUUUAUCGCACGCAUCUCCUGAGCGCAGCGCAGGGCUCCCUGGAUGAAGCUGCGCACCAACUGCUGCUGCACAUCGCUGCGCUGCGCUGAGCUGAGCUGCGGGCGUCGCGACACCGGGGGACGGGGGGGGACAUCAGAACAUGGGGACAUGUGGGGACAUGGGGGGACAUCAGAACAUGGGGACAUAUGGGGACAUGGGGGGACAUCAGAACACGGGGACGUGUGGGGACAUCGGAAUGCAGGGACAUAUGGGGACGUGGGGACGGAUGGGGACAUCAGAACACAGGGACAUA